AUGGGCUUUCUUGUACAACCCAAGAUUCCUGUGAUUGACAUGGUAGAUAUGAAACAAAGCACAUCUAGUAGUUCCAGCUGGUCUUCGGCAUGCAGUGAAGUGAGGCAUGCACUUGAAGAAUAUGGUUGUUUUUUGGUCGUUUGCGACACUGUUACUAAGGAAGCCCGUAGGGAAGUAUUUGAUGCCUUAGAAACCCUAUUUGAUCUUCCGCUGGAAACUAAAAUAAAAAACACUUCCGAUAAGGCUUACCAUGGCUAUGUAGGCCAAAUCCCGUUUCUUCCACUGUUAGAAAGCAUGGGAAUUGAGCAUGCUACUAGUGUUAAUGCUGUUAAUAACUUCACAAAUGUUAUGUGGCCCUCUGGAAACGACAAUUUCUGUAGAAUGAUUCAGUCAUAUGCAAAACUAGUUUCUGAAAUUGAACAAAGCGUUAGGAAGAUGGCGUUUGAAAGCUAUGGAGUGCAUAGGUACCAUGAAUCCUACAAUGAAUCCGUGACAUAUCUUCUCAGAGUAAUGAAAUACAAACCCCCAAAUGGAGGCGAGACAAAAAUGGGUUCCAUAUCUCACACGGACAAGACAUUCAUAUCCAUACUCAACCAAAACCAAGUGAAGGGAUUAGAGGUUAAAUACAAGGACAACAACUGGAUCCAUGUGGAGUAUCCUCCUUCAUCUUUCUUGGUCAUGGCAGGUGAUGCAUUCAAGGCAUGGAGUAAUGACAGAGUGCACUCUCCUUAUCAUCGAGUAGUCAUGGAAGGGCAUGCAUAUAGAUACUCAAUAGGGUUAUUUACAUACCACAAAGGGAUCAUAUCAGUACCAGAAGAGUUAGUUGAUGAGGAGCACUCGAGAAAAUUCAAGUCAUUUGAUCAUUUUGGAUAUCUUGACUUCUACGACAACGACUCAUUGUUUGAGCAAGAAUACUGUCACAUUAAAUCAUAUUGUGGGGUGUGAUACAUCGGUUUUACUUUUGAACGACGCUUCAACAAGUUUGUCAAUUAGCUUUGUCUUUUACGAUAUAUGUUGUGCAUAAUGAAUGUAUGUCUUGUAGGGGUCUGCGCAGUGCGGUUUGGUACGGUUUAUAGUUAAAACCGCAAACUGCACUGCAUAUACGGUUUGAGAAUUUUAGAAACCGCAAACCGCACCAUGAAAACUUUAAACGUUGUUGUACGGUGUGGUUUAGUACUACGGGCCGUUUGUACGGUUUAAAUGCGGUUUGAUUAGUUUUUCAACAUUAUGCUACCGGCUGUUCUAUUUCAUAAAUCGU